AUGCCUUUCAGCGAUCAAGGAGGAGGUGGAGCCGCAAUUCCAGCUUGGGAUGGCCACCCAAAAGGGUGGCGCCGCUAUGCCAGGGAAGUUGCCUGGUAUGUUCAGGGGACGAAGCACACCCAGCGUCGCUACUUGGCGACGCGCCUCAUCGGCCGACUCACGGGAUCGGCAAGACUUCUUGCGAUGUCUUGGCCCCAGUCAGAGUUUGAUAAUGACUUGGGGGUCCUGAUUUAUCUUCGCAAGCUCGCCCAGUCGCCUCUGGUUAGGAGAUCUCUUCCCAAUGCAGCAGCGAUCAUGUCACAGUAUUUCCAGUUCCGAUGGCAGCCCGGGGAAGCAAUCACCACUUUCCUUGUUAGGGAGACCCUGGGCUUCGAGGAGUUCAACGAGGCCCUGGUGAGACUUCGAGAGGAAAGGCAAGGGCUCACCAUGGAUAAGCAGUUGUUUGGGUUGGAGACGCUGUUGAAGAAGGAAGAAGAGACCAGUGAGCGAGACAAGUGGAGCGAGGAUUCAUGGUCCCGCUGGCGCCGGGGCUGGUACGAGGACGAAGACUGGCCUGAUGACACGGCCCACGGAGAUGAGGACGCCGAGGUGGCGGCAGAGGAUGUGCCGGCAGAUGGUGAGAUACGCUCUCCUUCGAGAGCGCCCCCUGAGGAUCAAGGCGGCGAGGGCCAGACGCCACCCGAGGCGGGAUCCACGACGUCUCGCCGCUCACCUGUGCGGUCACCAGAGAAGCAACCGAAGGGAGUGCAAACCGACGACGAUUCUUUCGACUCCUUCAUCCUGGAUGUCCUCCGGGGGUGGAGGCUCUUGCAGGCUGCCAGCCUUACCCUUGAAGAGCGACGCGACGUGCUAUCAUCCACGGCCAACCGGCUGGACUUUGAGUCUGUUUCGAAUGCUCUUCAGGUUCUUUGGGAUGAGCAGCUUUCGGGAGUACGUCGUCAGGGGCAUGGCUCUCAUCUUCCUGGAGGAGCUCAGGUGUUCCACUUGGACGAGGCAGCAGGCUAUGAAGCUCAAUGGCAGGAACAAGCCGCUUGGAACGACGAGCAGUGGCCUGAGGAGGCUUGGGAUGAAACUCAGUUCUAUGGUGAGAGCACCGAGCCCUGGCACAGCGAGUGGGAUCAGAUGCCACAGGAUCCAGAUCCCGACGUCUACACGGCCGCGGAGUUGGAUGACCCUUCGGUCCGGGAUGCCUUGCAGGCGGAGAGAGCAGCUGAGGCCAUGGCGGCCGAUGCUGCCAUGACAUGGAAGCGUGCACAACAGGCUACAGCAGCUGUGCGAAAGGGCAAGAACGGCAAGAACCCUCGCAUGUUCGCUGGGGUGACUGCAUAUGGCUUGGAGAUGCUUGGCUCGGGAGGUGACUUCGGCAAGGGCUGCCAC